GCCUGACAGCUGGCGUUUCGUUGCACUUCGUCGUAAACGGGGGAGUUUACUUGCCUCUCUCUCGGCCUCUCUCAUUAUGUUUGGAAUCCUCCUAACUUGAUGGACUGCAGUAGAAGUCUGAGGACAACGAGGCAGAGGAGAGACACGGUUGCGCUCCACAGGAGAGGGAUAUAACCGGGAAUGUCUGGAUGUGGUUAUGGGGGUGAGUCUUCCAGCUAACACCAUGCCUUUAUUCCAUAACCACAUACGGUGGCUGGAUCUGGACAUAAUCAUUACCAAAAAGCAGAUUUAUAAUAAGUGACUGGGACACACACCAUGUCCGCUGUGGAGGUGCUUUUCGCCGUCUUGAUGCUAGUCAUUAUCGUGGUGUCAUUGCUGUCCAACGCCGUGGUGCUGAUCUGCUUUCUGUACAACCCACAGAUCAGGAAGCAAGUGCCCUGCGUGUUCACCCUCAACCUCACUUUUUGUAACUUGUUGCUGACCGUUUCCCACAUGCCUCUAACUCUGGUGGGUCUCGUCAACAAGGGUCAGCCCGGAAGUGACGCUUUCUGUCAGUCGGUCGGCUUCUCGGAGACGUUUUUAACGACUAAUUCGAUGUUGAGCAUGGCCGCUCUGAGCAUCGACAGGUGGAUCGCUGUCGUGUUCCCGCUGAGGUACCAUUCUAGAAUACGGCAUAGAGAUGCCGCUCUCGUGCUCGGAUACACGUGGAUACAUUCUAUGUCUUUUUCGACGGCGGCUGCUUGCCUCUCGUGGGUGGGAUACCGUCCGCUCUACGCGUCCUGCACGCUCUCCGACGUGACGGACGGCAGUCAGACUCCGUUUGUUGUGUUUACUGUGGUGUUUCACUCCCUCACCUUUCUCCUGUCCUUUCUAGUCCUGUGCGUCACGUACCUGAAAGUGCUGAAGGUGGCAAGGUCCCACUGUAGCCGGAUAGACGUUAUCACAAUGCAAACUUUAGUGCUGCUUGUGGAUAUUCACCCGAGUGUUCGAGAGCGUUGUCUGGAAGAGCAGAAGAGGAGGCGACAGAGAGCAACCAGGAAGAUCAGUACCUUCAUCGGCACAUUCAUGGUCUGCUUUGCUCCCUACGUCAUCACCAGGUAG